AUGCUCCGCGCGGGCCCCCCGAGCCACACCCUCCUCCGGCUCCCCCUGCUGCAGUUGCUGCUGCUGCUGGUGCAGGCCGUGGGGAGGGGGCUGGGCCGCGCCAGCCCGGCCGGGGGCCCCCUGGAAGAUGUGGUCAUCGAGAGGUACCACAUCCCCAGGGUCUGUCCCCGGGAAGUGCAGAUGGGGGAUUUUGUGCGCUACCAUUACAACGGUACUUUCGAGGACGGCAAGAAAUUUGACUCGAGCUAUGACCGCCACACCUUGGUGGCCAUCGUGGUGGGCGUGGGGCGCCUCAUCACCGGCAUGGACCGAGGCCUCAUGGGCAUGUGUGUCAAUGAACGCCGCCGCCUCAUUGUGCCUCCGCACCUGGGCUAUGGCAGCAUCGGCGUGGCGGGGCUCAUCCCCCCCGAUGCCACCCUCUACUUUGACGUGGUCCUGCUGGAUGUAUGGAACAAGGAGGACACCGUGCAGGUGAGCACCUUGCUGCGCCCACCCCACUGCCCCCGGAUGGUCCAGGACAGUGACUUCGUGCGCUACCACUACAACGGCACGCUGCUGGAUGGCACCGCCUUCGACACCAGCUACAGUAGGGGUGGGACUUAUGACACCUACGUGGGCUCUGGCUGGCUGAUCAAGGGCAUGGACCAGGGGCUGCUGGGCAUGUGUCCUGGAGAGAGAAGGAAGAUCAUCAUCCCUCCAUUCCUGGCCUAUGGCGAGAAAGGCUAUGGGACUGUGAUCCCCUCACAGGCCUCGCUGGUCUUCCACGUCCUACUGAUUGAUGUCCACAACCCAAAGGACACUGUCCAGCUGGAGACACUUGAGCUGCCGCCUGGCUGCGUCCGGAGAGCCGUAGCUGGGGACUUCAUGCGUUACCACUACAACGGGUCCCUGAUGGAUGGCACUCUCUUUGAUUCCAGCUACUCCCGCAACCACACCUACAAUACGUAUGUGGGGCAGGGUUACAUCAUCCCUGGGAUGGACCAAGGCCUCCAAGGCUCGUGCAUGGGGGAGCGCCGGAGGAUCACCAUCCCCCCCCACCUUGCCUACGGGGAGAACGGGACUGGAGACAAGAUCCCUGGCUCUGCCGUGCUGAUCUUUGAUGUCCACGUGAUUGAUUUCCACAAUCCUGCGGAUCCAGUGGAAAUCAAGACGCUGUCCCGGCCCCUGGAGACCUGCAACGAGACGACCAAGCUCGGGGACUUUGUUCGCUACCACUACAACUGCUCUCUGCUGGAUGGCACCAGGCUCUUCUCCUCCCAUGACCACGGGGCCCCUCAGGAGGCGACUCUGGGGGCCCACAAAGUGAUCGAAGGCCUGGACACGGGCCUGCAGGGCAUGUGCGUGGGAGAGAGGCGGCAGCUGGUGGUCCCCCCGCACCUGGCACACGGAGAGAGCGGAGCCCGGGGGGUCCCUGGCAGUGCUGUGCUGCUGUUUGAGGUGGAGCUGGUGUCCCGGGAGGACGGGCUGCCCACGGGCUACCUGUUUGUGUGGCACGAGGACCCUCCUGCCAACCUGUUUGAACACAUGGACCUUGACAAGGAUGGCGAGGUCCCCGCGGAGGAGUUCUCCACCUUCAUCAAGGCUCAAGUCAGUGAGGGCAAAGGCCGCCUCCUGCCCGGCCAGGAUCCUGAGAAAACCAUAGGAGACAUGUUCCAGAAUCAGGAUCGCAACCAGGAUGGCAAGAUCACCGCCGAGGAGCUCAAGCUGAAGUCGGAUGAAGACCAGGAGCGGGUCCAUGAGGAACUCUGA